CUCCCACUUCGUGUUUUAUUUAUUUAAUCAAAACUGUUGAACAGUUCUUGUAAUCUUCUAAUAGGAGACCAAUGUCAUUCUAUUCAAGCUAUCCGGCAUAGCAUUUAAUUUUUUCUAUUCCCAUUCAAUAAGGAGACACUUAGAAAUUCAAUCACUACGAAGUUUGACACUAAGAAGAUCUCCACGAUGUGCUUUUCCGACUCUUCCGACCCUUACGACCCUUACAACCCGAGACGCGACAGUCGACGCGCCGUCACCGCAGUUGUCCGCGAGGCAGAGAGCUCGACUCAGGGCUACGGACAACGCCCUCAACCGGCCCCGUAUGCGGUGGGAGGCUAUAGCUAUUCGCAGAAUUUCCGAGUAGGGAGCUCCUACGCUCAACCUGGACAUCCCCAGCAUCGCCCAGCUAAUGAUCCCCGUGCUGUCUGGGGCCAGGACACAAUAUAACCGGCACGAAGGUCAGCAAAAAUUUCGACCUUAUCGCCCAGAUCCGUUGGAGGGAGCUAAUGUGCAGAAAGUCCCAGUCUCGAGGCCGGGAGUCGCGUCGGGCUAUGCCCAAGAGCGACACCAAAGUGUCCAUGGCCAGAUAGUUUACGAUGAGCCCAGCCAGACGGGGUCUGCAUCGGCAGCCUACCCAGGAGCUUCGCAAAGAGAGACGGUUUUACCUCAACGUCCAGCUGGCCUCAAGCCCUCAAGUAGGCCGAUGAACCCCGAGCUGACGCCGUCUAAGUCGCGGCCUGGGAAAUUAGUCAGGAGAGACAGCAACGGAGUAAGCGAGUGCAGCGACGAUGACUACGCAGUUGACUUGAGGGAUUACACCGUCUCGCCUGACAUCUUAAGGGGACGCCCUAAUCGUCCGAACGUUGAGAUACCCAUAGAGCACGUGUGAAUCUGGGUCACGUUAGUCGGGGACGAUCCCCUCGUUUAGGGACAUGGGUGGAAGACGACUAAGGAGAUUUGCUUUUGCGCUUCUGUGGACGCAUGGACAUUUAUGUUUGCUUGGGAACUAGGGUCGGGCGGCGUUGAAGGAGAAUUGGCUGUUUUGAUAGGUCGUUCAUAGGAUUUUGAGCUUUUAUUGACAUAAUGCGACGUACGUUAGUCUAGUUAGCGUGAUGAUAUUCCUGCAAAACAUCUGCCUGCGCUUAAGCCCACCGAAAUCUUGACCAUUUUGGUUGAUGGUGCGUAUGGUGCGCGUCUAGGUUACGUAUAGCUAGUAAUGAUGCGAUCUGUAUCGAAAUAGGAAUCUCAGGCACCGAUAUUUCAUUGAUGCGCAGGUGCGACGAUAUUAGUUUAGCAUAGGACUGGCGUCUUGGAAGGUUAGGAAGUCGGGAAGGCUUCUAAAUUCGAGACAACGCUAUUGGCCGAGACUAUCAUCGUCGUCACGGACCAUUAAAACCGAUUAAAAACGAUUAAACCUUAUUCGAUAGGGCUGAUAACACGGAUAAGUACGUACAUACAGUUGAGAUAACUCUAUCGAUGCAGCAAGGUUACGCGUUAGCCAAUGGUUGCCAAGGAUUCAUCAUGGAUGUGGAUG